AUGUCCCAAUUAUCUGACAUUAUCACGGCACAAAAGAGCUUGGAGGAUUGUUUUAUGAAGAAGAUGCAGGACCUGGAAGCUCAAAUUCAAAGUGCGGGGCCCAGCAAGGAAACAGUGGCGAAGGUAGCUGAAGAGUUCCGGACCUUCAGAGAGCUUAUGUUUGGUAUGUUGGGUCUGCUCCGUAAACAAAUCACUGAAUGUUCCUCUAAAAUUGAUGCAAUCGAAACCAGGCAUCGCCGCAAGAAUCUCAUUUUUAUGGGUGUGUCAGAGUCGGGCACUGAAGAUUGUAGAGCGGUAAUAUGUGAGAUCCUCAAAUCAAAGAUGGGCCUCAAAGAUGUCAAUAAAACCACUUUGACAUUGUGUCAUAGACUUGGAGCAACCAGUGGCAAUGAACAUAACAAGCAUCGGCCUGUCUUGGUGAAGUUUGAGCGAUAUGAACUCAGGUCUGCAGUCUGGAAGGCCAAAACGUUGUUGAAGGGCACAAGUAUUUCUGUGAAAGAAUUUCUUACUAAGCCGAGGCAAAUCAUCUUCAACAAAGCACGGUUACAUUUCGGCGUGCGGUGCUGCUGGACUCAGAAAGGCGCGAUACACAUAAAGACGUCUGAUGGCAAGCGACACAGAGUUGUUGGAAAAGAAGAUCUUGACUGUCUGGUUGAUAUAUAUCCAAGAGGGUCAACGCCGACUGGUGAGGGUUCAUUAACUGCAAAAAACAAGAACAAAUUAAACAAUCUGUCUUGUGUUCUACCUUAA